AUGCUUAUUGAUGCUCCCCCCCCUCUUUUUCUACAGCAAUUUGGAAAGAUCCUUGACGUAGAGAUCAUAUUCAACGAGAGAGGAUCGAAGGUAGUACACAUCAAAAUACCAAACCUGUUCAUUUUAACUUACAUUACAUAAUACUCUGCACAGAAUUGACAUAGCUUACACAUAUUUCUUCAUCUCCCUUAUCCCCCUCUCUUAUAUUCCAACCCUCUCAUUUUCUCUCCAUCCCCAACCCCAUUCCCUCUCUAGGGUUUUGGCUUUGUGACGUUUGAGACGAGCGCGGAUGCAGAGAAGGCCAGAGCCGCUCUCCACGGAACUCUGGUGGAAGGACGCAAGGUUGAGGUAAUUUACCCUCCAAGAACGGUGGCCAUUUGGUUUUUCGUCUUUGUCCCAUGUUCAGCAGUGAAAUGAAGUCUGGUUGGCUUAGUAUGCUCCUCCAUCUCCAGUUGAACUGUCUCAAGUGGUUUCGGGAAUUCUGUUUGUGUUAUAAUAACCCCCUUCUAGCAUGGUGCUGUGGUGCCUCACAGAAAGAUCAAUGCGCACUAUGUCUUGGUUUUACAUCACUUCCUGUUUCGUGCACUGUCCAUUUGCACGUUUUGAUCUUCAGCUUUAUGGGUCUGCCUGGAUUGCAAAGCAUGCUGGGUGGUUUGGCAACAAAAUGAUCUGGGAACAGUGUUUUACGUGACACCUUUACACACACUGUGCCUCUGAACGCUGCUUAUGACACAGCAUGCGAGAGGGCAUAUCUUGUUUUCUCUGCUGCACCCCUUCUUCUUAUCAAUCACCACCAUCACUUCCACGAUCAGAAGCCGGGGUUUAUUGGUGUUCACUAUUUUAGACAGGACAUUCUCCCUCUCCUCUCUUCCUUAUUUUCUUCUGACAAACAACCAUGCUUGCUUGUGUUUGUGAGAGAUUCUCUUGCAUGGGCUACCAAUCGUGUUUCAGAAGACCGGUCAGGUGAUGUGAUGUCAUAAAAGAUGGCCGCCUUUUCUUUCCCCUACAUUCAGAUGCCUGUGUGCUUGAUUGUGAGUCAGUGCACAGUAUUGAAGUAGUUUGAUUACGUUGCUGUAUGUUGACAUUGCUGCAUGCAUUAGGUGUUGGCAGGUGCAGAUAUUGGAAUGAGGCUGCCAUAAGGGAGUGUGGUGGUGAAGUGUUUGAUCUGCUGUUUUUAGAUUCACUAUUGAUUUUGGGUCUAUAUAUCAGUUAUUAAAUAAAGGCAACCCACACUAAUGCUCACCCACACCUCAUACCCUCACUUGCAUCCCCUAUUUCUAAGAGUAAUACCUGGUUUGAUGGGAAUGAGUUUCGCUGCGAUGCCUCAAUGUUUCUCUUUGUCAGCAUGACUUGGAAGAUCUUGGAAGAAAAACACCUCAUGCUCUGCCAUCGCUUUGGCUCUUGGUUUUCUUGGUUUUAGAGCCAUGCUUUAUUGUGAGCUCUUCUGCAUGUUCUCAACUGUUAUGCACUCCUCUGUUGUGUGAAUGAGGGCGUAAGCAUGUGGGUGUGAGUGAGAAAGAGAAAUACGGGGGAAGAGGCGGAGAGAGAGUCGGAGAGAGUGAAGAGGGAUGAUGAUACGGCUGUCUUCCCCUCCUUUUCCUUUUCCUCCAUCUCUUUCUCCACUCUUUCUCUAUCUUCAUGCCAGUCGGUCUGUCUAUCCUUGUUUGUCUCUCUCACCUUAUCAACCUGUGUUUGUUUGACCCUCCACAGCUGUCCAUAUUAGGCUUGGGCGGUAUCCAGAUUUUCAUACCGUUCUUCUGCCAUCCCAGGAUUUACGGGAUUACCGGCAUAGCACACAAGGGGCGCUAAAAAUGCAAAAAAGCCUGUUGGGUGUCUAUUACUAGAAUGCUAACCAAAUAAGCAUAAGUAAUAGCGAAAACAUAGAUGCUGUUCGCUAAAUGCUAACGAGCGAAAACGAACAAACGAAUUGCAAAGACAGGCAAAUCCAACUCAUAAAGUUAUACAAUCAUAGCUAGUAGCUACCGAAUGUCAUUUUCGGUGAGUGUGGACAUGUACAAGCGAAGGUGAACGAGAGAAAUUAUGCAAAUGAACAAAGUUGUGAUGCAUGCUUUUCUGAAAGAUCAGCAUGUGUACACCGAGCAAAGGGGAGAAGAACAGAGGGGAAAAUAAAUGCUAGUAGGAAGCACAGGGGAAAAUGGCAGCUGUACAGAUAACUAACCAAGAGCUCUUUGACUUCUCAAACGCAGCAGAAAGACGUUUAUAAGAUAUUCGAUGGCAAACAUUUAGUAGUGAAUUGUGUAACUUCAUUACUUCAUGUGUGCUGCAAAACAGAGACUCGGCGAUAGAUAUAGAACGCUAUGGACUCCGCUUUCUCCCGUUGUGCUAUUUACAGACAAACAUUUGACUGGCUCAACUGUUCUGGGGAACUACGGUAAACUUCAGAAUGUAAAAUAAUUUGACCGGUGAAAUGAAGAACGCAAUCUGCUUUAUCUCCUAACGUAUUGCACAAGUUGACUGCAGGUAUUAACUUAAAAAGUAGCUACAAAUAUUCACAUUUAUUGAAAAACUUCAAAUAAAUAGUUUUGAAGGUAUUGGAAAAUCAUCCCUUGGCUUUUUCCAAAUACCCCAGUAUACGGUAUAUAUGGUAUACCGCCCAAGCCUAGUCCAUAUACCGCUCUCUCUGUCCGUCCAUUCUCCUUUUUAAGUGUACUCCAAAAUAGUAUUUAGUUAUGUGCAGUGUUGCGGUCGUUAUUUAAAAAAAGUAAUAGAUGACCUAUUCUUUCAGCAUUAAUUAGUUAAUUUACUUAUUACUCCCUGGGAAAAGUAAUUAGUUACACUACUCUUUACUUUUGCGUUACACCACAGAUGGUUGCGCAACCUCACUCAAUGUAAACAAUGUCAAAGUUACGCUACAUAGGCCUAUGCACCAACACAAUUAGCCGAAUAAUGACAGACACAAAAUCUACCAUGGAUAAGGGCAGCAUUUCCUCUACUACAAGCUUGCUCAGCUCUCCCUGGGUUACAGCCUGUCCUCCUGAACGAUUGGAAUCAAACCUUGGAUGUUUGGAUGAGGUAGGCCCACAGUCAUCUUCAGCAGCAGUGGAGAGGUGUUUCUCACCUGGGCGCAGUGUACAUUUUUACAGUGUUAUUCUUGUCACUUUGUCCUUCCAAACCAAAGUAAUGGGAGUACUUCCACGCUGGGAAAGUACAUGUUUUAGAAGCGUCUGCCGUUUUUCCAUCUCCCUUAAGCAGUUAGUAGUAGAGUGUGCAUGCAUAAACAGGAACUUGGUGAGAGGACGAAAACAAUUAGAAUCGGGGACGUUUUAUUUUAUAUUGCGCCAACAGAGGGAAUAAUAAUCACAUGUAUUUGGAUCAAUAACUGUAAUAGGAAGGGAAUGAUAACAGAAGUAACUGUAAUAUUAUUACUCAAAUUUGAACAGUAACUCCAUUAUAUUACUCGUUACCACAAAAAGUAUUAUUAUUACUGUAGCACGUUACUUUGUAACGCGUUACCCCCAACACUGGUUAUGUGUUGAUAAGUUCUUAGAAUAUCAGUGAAAGCUGGGCGGUGACUUCUCCCUGACCCAUAGGCUUCUAGAUUGAUCCCUCAACUGUCCCUCUCCGUCUCCCAUGUGUAUGGCUGUAUCUGCUCAUAUGAAUUGGGUAUUUGUAGUAGUUGCAUCAAUAGAGGUCAGCUUUAUGUCAAAAGGCGACCAAUCACCUGUGUCUUCCUGUUGACUCAGGACCUAUCUCAUGACAUCACUUCCUCUGUAUACCUCAGGAUGGGGGUGGUUGCUUUUCAUCACCUCAUUGGUUGUUUUGGUUUUGGUUAAUUUCUUAUUAUAUUUUCUCUAUUUCCCCCUGAUGAUUUCUGUGUUGUUGUCAGUCUCCACGGUAACCGCUCGCGUGUCCUCACACCGUUUCCCCAGCAAUGGUAAGUUGUGUACACAUGGCAUCAUUUUUUAAUGUCCCCCCCCCCCCCCCAUCCGCCAAAUAAAGAUAAAGUGCACCCUAUACACACAAAAAAAAAUACAAUAAAAGAGUCCUUGACCCGGCAGGGUUUGAUCGAAAGGAUCUGAUUGGCUAAUCCUGUGAUUGAUUGUGGAGCUGGCAAAUAAAAUGCUGAUUAGAUUAGAAAACCAAUGGCAUUUGACCGCAUGGCCUUCCAGCCUCUUUAUCUAACAUUAAGAUAACCUGAUAUAAAAUGCAUCUGUAAGCGCACUAUAACUACCACUUUAUGCAUUAAUUCCAUUCACCACUCUAACUGCAUUCAAACAUUAAUUCUAGCGCUAUUUACUUCCUGCAUGGUUGACUAUGUCUCUUGUCAUCUGUAUCAUAUAGUGCCACUGUCAUCUCUAUGUUAUGUAUUAGCUACCUUUCUUUAGUGAAUACCAAACGGUAGAUUCCUUUGAUUCAAUUUGUUUGGUACAUUAGUAGUGGAUUGGCAUGAUAAAGCAUGAAUGCGAUGUUGUAGAAUAGAAGUCAGUCUUGGUAACUAGACAGUAGGUUUUGUGCGCUGGCUGUAGUUGUCACUGUAGAAGGCCUAAUGGCAGAGAGUAGUCUAUUUUUCACAUUAAAAAGAAGGUCAAAUGACUUUGUACAAGCUAAGGAUAUGCAACUGAUGUACAGUACAUCAAACUAGUGACCAAUGGAGACCACCGCUAGAGAGAAGAUAAUCUUGAAACCAUCAUCAGUACCACGUCUGACUCUCAAUAGGAUUUUAUUGAAUUGGAUGGUGUGCCCAGACUUGUUUUUUUUUUGUAGUGGUUUGGUUUUGGAUGGUGUGUGAUGGUGGUGUCUGCUUCUAGUUAUUUGUAGUGUGACACUGAAUUGCAAUGCCUGAAAGUGUUUCACGUCAUGGUUUGAUUUGUUUUUUUGAGGAAUGACAUUUGCAUCCCCAUAUCCUCUCUCUCUCUUUAUUCUGUCCUCUCUCUGUCUCAUCCCUCUCUCUAUCCCAGCUCAUGUAUUGGAUCUUUUAUAUCUAGGCAAACGGUCAGACGUUUUUUCUUUGUUUUGAUUAGUUUGUUCCGCAUCUUGGUAUUCGUUUUUUUGUUCAUGAAAAAAAGGAUUGCACAUGUGGAUGAAUUUCUCUCUCUCUCUCUCUCUCUCUCUCUCUCUCUCUAUCUAUCAUUUAUGUGUUCCCAUGUCUUUUAAUGUGGACUGGCUAUUCUUCCUGCAUCCCACUCUCUUUUUCUCUCCUCCCCCUCUCUCUGUAUGAUGUGUGUGACUUGAUUGGGAAGGCUGCCAGAAUGUUUUGAUUGGUCUAUAUAUGCUGCAUCUGAUGCUUGCUGAUUGGCUGGUUUUGCUCACCUUCUGGUCAUGUGAUGCGCUCUUGAUUGACUGGCUGCGUGUAAUCUGUGUAUGACCUGUUCAAGUGAUGAAACGUUUUGCAUCGUGUUCAACAGAAGCUUACUUCACCCUCUUUUCCCUCUUUUUAAAGGUAGCAAUGCCUGUAAUGGUCUUGGAUUUCUUUUGAAUGCCUUAAUCUGAAAUGUUUUAAAUUUUUGUUUUGUGUCAAUGGUUAAAUUAUUGUAUGUGCAAAGCUGCCUGUGAAUACUCACACAUUCCUUGUUUUUUUCCUUCAAAGGAACGCAUGUAUCAAUCAAUUACCAUCACUUUACAUCAGAACAAUUAACCUCUUAUCCAAGUGUAAACACUACUGUCACUUUAUUCAAUUCAUACGACUCACACAGUAGCAGAUAAAUGUUGACAAGUACAAACUUAGGUUUUCUAGUGAUCUCAAUGUAUUUGCGUUGGUUACAUAUGUAUUAAUAAUCUGUGUUAGUAAUGUCAUAGCCAGUUCUAUAAAGUGUAUUUAGGCACUCAUAUUUCAAAUAUCUAGGGCCUAUUUGUUCUGGUAGUACUGAAGGUUAUGUUGGUGUCUGUAUUGUGGGGUUUGGGCAUAGAAAUAGAAUGAAUAGAAUGGGUGUCCCCAUUCAAGUCAGUGAUGGCAUAAUGGGUGGACUGGCAGCCAUUGUGAGUGUACCAAUAGGACCAAAGCAGGAAGUAAAAGCAGGAAGUGUACCCAUCAGUCUGUGCUGUUUUUGUUUUUCUUGUUGUUUUUUUACUCCACUGACAUUACAAAAAAGACAGUACAUUCCAUUGCAUGAGCCACAUUACGACAUCAGUUAGCAUUAUUUGAAUACCAGGCAACCAUUGUGAGUGUACCCAUGAGUUUAACAGUCAAAUUUCCAGGGUUAGAGGUUCCAAGCCUGUUCUAUUCAUUCUAUUUAUAUGGGUUUGGGUAUACAGGAGGAGCCCAUGUUUGUGCAUGGAGCAGGCGUGUGUUUGUCCCUCUGGUCCGGUGUGACCCCUCGUCGUGUUGUCUUGACCUCUGACCUCUCUCUGACACCCAGGUCAACAACGCCACAGCCAGGGUGAUGACCAAUAAAAAAAUGGUCACCCCAUAUUCUAAUGGAGGAGAGGGGCUCGCCGCUCUACCUUAUGGUAAAGAUAAUACUACUGGUUAAACUGCUAAAUAUGACCAAUAUCCUGCUGAAUGAUAACUUUUCUGCUUGUUAUACAUUAGCAGCAAUGUAGUUACUGUGUAAUAACUACAUCAGUGUAGUUGCAUAGUAUCUGUUUAACUUGUUGAGUUGAGCUGUUGUGUGACUCAUAUUUCUUAUCCUCUUUUUCCUCUAAUUUACUUUAGGGCUACUAAAUGCCAACUCCCCUACAGCCGGGUGGAAGUUAAGUCCAAUGGUUGGAGCCAUGUACAGUCCAGAGCUCUAUACAGGUGAGAUGCUAACAUUGUUAGACUAAUUUCAUCAACACAGCUGAUGCCAUGAGAUGCCAGGUUUUGCAAAUGUAUUACAAAUCAAAAACAAAAAUACCUUAUUUACAUAAGUAUUCAGACCCUUUGAUAUGAGACUCGAAAUUGAGCUUGGGUGCAUCCUGUUUCCAUUGAUCAUCCUUGAGAUGUUUCUACAACUUGAUUGGAGUCCACCUGUGGCAAAUUCAAUUGAUUGGACAUGUUUUGGAAAGGCACACACCUGUCCAUAUAAGGUCCCACAGUUGACAGUGGAUGUCAGAGCAAAAACUAAGCCAUGAGGUCGACGGAAUUGUCAGUAGAGCUCCGAGACAGGAUUGUGUCGAGGCACAGAUCUGGGGAAGGGUACCAAAAAAUGUCUGCAGCAUUGAAGGUCCCCAAGAACACAGUGGCCUCCAUCAUUCUUAACUGGAAGAAGUUUGGAAGCACCAAGACUCUUCCUAGAGCUGGCCGCCCGGCCAAACUGAGCAAUCAGGCGAGAAGGGCCUUGGACAGGGAGGUGACCAAGAACCCAAUGGUCACUCUGACAGAGCUCUAGAGUUCCUCUGUGGAGAUGGGAGAACCUUCCAGAAGGACAACCAUCUCUGCAGCGCUCUACCAAUCAGGCCAUUAUGGUAGAGUGGCCAGACGGAAGCCACUCCUCAGUAAAAGGCACAUGACAGCCCGCUUGGAGUUUGCCAAAAGGCACCUGAAGACUCUCAGACCAUGAGAAACAAGAUUCUCUGGUCUGAUGAAACCAAGAUUGAGCUCUUUGGCCUGAAUGCCAAGCGUCACGUCUGGAGGAAACCUGACACCAUCCCUACGGUGAAGCAUGGUGGUGGCAGCAUCAUGCUGUGGGGAUGUUUUUCAGUGGCAGGGACUGGGAGACUAGAACCCAAUCGAACAUCUCUGGAGAGACCUGAAAAUAGCUGUGCAGCAACGCUCCACAUCCAACCUGACAGAGUUUGAGAGGAUCUGCACAGAAGAAUGGGAGAAACUCCCCAAAUACAGGUGUGCCAAGCUUGUAGCGUCAUACCCAAGAAGACUUGAUGCUGUAACCGCUGACAGAGGUGCUUCAACAAAGUACUGAGUAAAGGGUCUGAAUACUUAUGUAAAUGUCAUAUUUCAGUUUUUCUGAAAAUUUCUAAACAUUUCUAAAAACCUGUUUUUGCUUUGUCAUUAUGGGGUAUUGAUUUUAGAAUAAGGCUGUAACGUAACAAAAUGUGGAAAAAGUCAAGGGGUCCUCAUUCAAGUCCUCAUUUCAUCAGUAUAGGUGAAAUGCUAACAUUGUUAGCUUAAGUCCUCAUUUCAUCAGUAUAGGUGAAAUGCUAACAUUGUUAGCUUAAGUCCUCAUUUCAUCAGUAUAGGAGAUGGGUGAGAUGCUAACAUGACUAGCUUUAGCCCAUAUGUAUUCCGUUAUAUUAGGACACUUCACCCCACAAUGGAACUCAAUCAAAAUUGCCUGUUUCCCUUUUCAGUAGACUAACUGUUUGUUCUUUUUUGCCUCUCUCUGAUUUCUCUGGCCUGUCUCUAUCAGUCCCUGGUUUCCCGUACCCUGCGGCGGCUGCACAGGCUGCCACAGCGGCAGCGACCUUUAGGGGCGCCCACCUCCGGGGUCGUGGCCGGCCGGUCUACAGUGCUGUCAGGGCAACCCUACCCCAGCAAGCUAUACCCACAUACCCAGGGUAGGUGUUACUCAAUUAAACACACACACACUUUUGCUGCAUGGUGUGAUAUAACAAAUCCACUUGAAUUAAUUGUGUUAGUUUGGUGCUGCACUGAAAUACCAUUUCUUUGUAUCAACAUUAGAUAAUAUUGCUGUCUACAGCGCAGUGGUCACAAGCACUCCAGUACGACUUGUAGGGCUACGUUUGGCCAAACAAGAGAAGUGGUAUUUUAUCUUGCAUGUUUCACGUGUGUGUAUUAAUCUCUCACCUCUUUUUCUCUCUCUUUUCUCUCUUUCAUACUCCCUUUUUUCGCUCCUCCUCACUUUUAUUUCCUUCCACUCCUCAAUCACCAUCCAUCCCUUCUCUUCUAUCCGUCUCUUUUUCUUGUCUUUCCUCCUCCUCCUCCUCCUCCUCCUCCUCCUCCUCCUCCUCUCUCUCAGCAUGAUGUAUCAGGAAGGGUUUUACGGUGCAGCAGACAUCUAUGUAAGUAUACCUCUCUCCUCCGCUCUUUCUCUCUCAUUCUCUCCUUUCCCCCCCUCCGUCUGAGGAGAGUUUAAGUGUGUGUGUGUGUGCAUGGACCAAAUCCACAGAGCUGUGUAUAUGUGGGUGAUGUAGUAAACUUGACAAUUUAACACACAUUUUUAAAAUCAUUUUAUUAAUUACAUUAUUUUAAUUAGACAGAUCUAUAAUAGCUGUUACACAUUUAGUUCUUGAUGAAUCAUAUUGCUAUAUGAAGCGGUGCAUGCCAUGUGGAACAUCCAAUCUUCCAGGAUCUACACUACACACCCUCAUAAAAGUUCUAUACAUUCAUGAAUAGACUGCUCUAUGCGUCGUUUGCCUGCGUGUGGAGUGUGAUCGUGUACCUGUGUGUGUGGUACCAGGUUGACCAUAGCUGUUCUCUGUUCUCUCUGUAGAAUAGUGUUUCAGGACAUUAGUGGCAGAUUGCCCCAGGUAGGGUCCCAUCACCACGUCACUGUGUGAUCAGCCAGUGUGCAUCCAUCCUAUUACUCUGCGUUCCACUGACUGACUUGCUGCUACUGGUGUUUUAUUGACCAUCCCAGAUUGAAAUGCCUCUUUUUAUUUCUGUUUCUAUUACUAACUCACUGGAUUCUGACAUGGGUGGAGUUGCAGAACGUGGGAGAAAGGGAAUUGUUAUAACAUGAAUGACAAUAUUACCUUUAAAAAAUUUUUUACAUAACAUGAUGGAUAUGGAUAUGUUCAGUUUUUAAAAAGAAAUAGUACAAUAAUAUAUAUAUCUAUGUACACAGAUAAAAAGAAUAUAGGAUUUUGCUACGAUGCUUAUGCAGGCUUUAUAAAGGCUUUAUAACAGCCACCCUUAGCUUUGAAAUAUAGCCAAAAUGAGAGGUACACUUUGACAGUUAUGGCUGACAUGGUUUCUGAAAGUUGAGACUGAGUAGCUUAAAGACAGUUUACAGAGGAUCUCCAGGAUCUGAGGAUCAAUGCAGGCCCACAGACUCUCAGGGACAUGGGAUAUUCAUCUUAAUCAGUCAUUCUGACCCCUUCCCAGUAUCUCCCUAUAUCAGUUCCACCUGUGGCAUGCUAACUGAAUCAAUGUUGGCAUGCAGACACACUUAUACCCCUCUCCCCUCCUCUUCCCCCUUCUCCUCCUCUCCCCUCCUUCCCCUCCUCUCCCCCUUCCCUUUCCACUCUCUCUAUAUCCUCCUCUUCCUAACCCUCCCCUCCAGCAGAUGUGUGUGUUACUGAAUACUGGGACUUGGUCCUGUACUGAUCUGUAGGGUAGAAUGCAGUGGUGUGUUGCCUAGGAGAUGACCUCCUCUGUUUUGAGUUUGGGUUGCAUGCUGUCCAGCGUCAGUGAUUGGUUGUGGCCAUGCGAGUGUGUAUGUGUCCCCUCCCCCUUAAUCGGAUUGGCUGACCGUCUUCUGUGUGUUCAUCAUCCGUUUUUCCACAUUAAAGGAAUAAUGAUCCCGAUCAUCUGUUUAUUCAUCCCCCUUUUCUUUAAUGGUGUGUUUUCGAUGGGAAGGAGGGGAUUUCACACCUGAGGUUAUGCACACUUUCGCCCAUCUUUCUCUCCCUCCAUGUCAAACAAAACAUAAAUGAUCAGAUGAAUUGAAUGAAGAAAAGUUUCAGCACACUGAUGCAGGGCCUAUGUCAUGGCCACAAACCCAGGCUCUAGAGUGUUUUGUUUGUCAUGGAGGGAGACCAACACAGGGAAAAGGCCUCCGCUACAUUCUCUGAAUGCCAUGUUGCACCAGAUUACCUGUUGUUGCUGCUUGUGUUAGUCUCUCUUUUUCUGCUGUUAUAAAGUAACAUAACUUCACUAUCAUUCAUUCCUGGGCUAUAGUAUGAGGAAGUUAAUAAAAUCCACUAACAACCGUGUUCUGUCUGUCUCUCUCUCUCUCCCUCUCUCUCUCCCUCUCUCGGUCACUUCUUUAGGGUGGCUAUGCUGCGUAUCGCUAUGCUCAGCCGACUGCAGUAGCCAGUCCUGCAGGAGCAGCAGCUGCCGCAGCAGCUGCCUACAGUGAUGGGUGAGUGAUAGACACAAUAUAUUACACGAAAUAAAGCAGUAGCUCACCGUACUAUGACUACAUAUAGAUAACAGAUAUUAACAUAUUCAAAUUAAAAGUAGUGGGCCUACUUCACUUUCUAUUUUGGAACACGUUUGGUUGCAUAUUUAUGGAUUUGUAAUGUACUAAUCUCUGCUCUCCAGCUACGGACGGGUGUACACGACAGACCCCUACCACGCUGCACUAAACCCUGCCACAGCUGCAGCCUACGGUGUGGGAGCUAUGGUAAGAACGAUUGUCUAUUUACAUUACAAUCCACAGGAAAGUAAAGAUCAUAGAAUUAGAAUGUCCAUUCUAGUAAUUCUAAUUCUAUGGUAAAGAUCUAGCCAUUCACUAACUGCCAUCUUACCUCCUCUCCUCUGUCUCUACCAGGCCACACUGUACAGGGGAGGCUACAGUAGAUUUGCACCCUACUAAAGAGAACUACAUUUCCCAGGAGCUCUCUCAUCCUGUUUGAACAAUCUCUAAAAGAGCUCCCUCUGCUGUCCAGGACGGGGAUUGCAACAUGUUGACGGAAGUUUGUAGCCUACCAUGGAAAGUUUAUAUUUCAAAACCUCCCCAAAAUCUCCUGCUGUCCACUCUUUUUAGCUUCAAACAAAAAUAGGAAUGCUGUUUUAAAGACUGGUGGAAAGCCUUGACAAAGGAAAAAAAAAAAGAGGAAAAAAUACGAACUUGUUUUUGAAUCCAAAUGGCCGCUUGUUUCCAUUGCACGGCUGUAUUAUAGUCCCCCUGUGUCUCCCUCUCGACACUCUCAGCAGCACAAGACACAGAAUGGUCGCCCCCAGCUAGCAUACCUCCAGAACCUAUCAUGUAACUGGUGCACGGACAGAUAACUGAACACUGAGACAAACCCCCGACCACACGUAUAUCAGCCAAGGUGUAAUGUGACAUGUACUGUACACAAUUCAUACAUCAAGAAUGGAGGUGGAGCCUAGUUAUGGAAGACAGAACUGUGACUGCCAGUGUCUGCCUGUCUGUGGAGUCUGAACGAGCGAGAAACCACAGCAACCGAGCACCAAAAUCAUUUUGGAACUGAAAGACAAGUUGCAAACAAAAUGGAGGAUCUGACUCCAUGUUUCCUCUUGUGGGGUGAAGGAGAAUGAGAGAGGAAAUUACAUCAUCAUUGUAGAGAGAGAGAGAGGGAUGGACUGAUGUUUUUUGUAACACUAUUAGAAAUUACUCACUUCAAACUGAGCAGUAAAAGGAUUAUCAUAGCUGUACCUUACCUCAAAGUUUUCUUAGUCCGUGAAAAUGGUGAACCGUAAAAAAUUUAAUUGUUACAAUUAUGCAAAUAAAUUAGUUAGAGAGAGGAAAAAAGUUACCAAAUUAUUAUUAUUAUUGCUGAUUUAUAGCGUUGUCUUUAUUGCCUUAUUAUUGUUAGUUUCAGUGGUUCUCUGAGCACACCUCUACAUACAUUUUCCACUUCCCUAGAAACGAGGUCUAGGGGCUACGACUACAGUGUAGAUAUCUGUAAGCCAUUCACUACAGUGGGCAACACUACACGUCCCCUCUACAGAACACUUUAUUACACCAAACUAAACUUCCAGUGCACAACAUCAUAUUCUUACAAUACUUCACGCUAUACACAAAUCACUCAGAACUAUAUAAUAUUUCAUCACUAUUAUAGAGGUACAGGCUAGCUUUUUAUUGCAUUGUCAAUGUUAGGCUUAGGCAGUUACGUCACAAUGAUAUCAUUGAAACAAUCAGAACCUAGUGUCCUAGAAUUAACUUAUUCAGUUAUAUUUCUUUGAAAAGUUAUGAUAGAGAUUUAUUAUUUGGCUAUAUGAUUGAUUUCCCUGACUUGUUCUGUCUUUUAGAAGAGCAGGUAAACAUCAAGUACAGUCUUCCUGAGAAUAGCUACGUUGGUAAUAGAUAGUGAGAUUCUGUCAACAGGCGCUGAAAGAGGGGACACCAUCAAUAUGAAAAAUAUUUAAUGCAAAAUACCAUACUAUUGUGCAUAUUUCUAUAUCCUUAUAUCUAUUUCCAAAUGUGGUUGUUUUUGCCUUUUUUUUUUUGUUCCAAAGAUUUGUAGAAAGCACACUUAGUAAUGUGGAUGAUAAAUAUAUUAUCGUUAUUGUGGUUAUUAUUAUAAGUGCUGUCUUUUUAUUUGUUGCAUUAGCUCUUGUUAUAUUUUUUCUAUUUCUAAAUGUUGUAGUUCCCCCUAAAGUAAGGUGACAUGUUCAUUUCCUCCAUCAAAAAGAUUUGUUAAAAUCUGAUAUUUUUUCCUCCUGUGUUGUUUUCUUGGACAGAGGGGAAUGGACUCUUUUUAGUAGUUUCAAAGAGGGAGGGAACCAUAGAGGUAUGCCACUAUGACAUCGGCCUAUCUAGUGUUCUUUAUCUAUGGAGCGAACAACCAGGGAACGCAUGUAAAACUAAACUACCAAACUCAUUUUCUCAAUGGAAGAAACUGGACUUUUCGGUCCAGACUGAAAUAGGGUGAUGGGGUUGGCAAACAUUGGAUUGAGUUUUUCCACAAAAAAAUCGGGAAGGGCUGACAUUUUCGGGCCUCACAAUUUAUUCCAAGUCCAAAGUUUACAGUAGACAAGACUCCUUUGGAAUGAAUGGUGGCCUGACGAGCACUUCUUCUGACCUGGUGAAGAAACCUAGUCGCUCUGUUGUAGACAAAAAGGACUCCUAACAUUUCAGUGCUGAAAUUAGUCGGUUGAGGUUUAAAAUGGAUGUGAAGAGCGUAGCACUCAUGCUCUCUAGGUUAAAGGGCAUGCGGUUUUGAAUGAUCUAAGUAUACAAAAGGUUGUAAGUGUUAUCGUUUGGUUUGAACAAUGGUAAAUGUUUCAAAGCAGUUUUACAAAGAAAAUGUUAUGUGGGGCAUGAACUAAGUACUAUGAAACAAUAUUCAAAAUGCUGCAGUCAUUAUUUUGUAAUGUUUGCUCUAUUUUUCAUUUUAUCUUAAGUUUUCUGCCUGUGUGUACCACUUCUCAGUGUGAACUUAAUCUAAGACAUCAACAGGGGUCAAACUCUUCUUCUCUGGUCAUUUGACCUUAUAAUCAUGUAUUGCAAAAGUGGAUUGAAAUAUGAAUAACUGAAAAGAUACAGCCAAAUAUAGAUAUUUAUGCCCUAUUUCUAUGGUUGCCAAAUUAAGAAACGCAGAGCAAAGUGGAGAAAUGAUUGACAACCUAUUGAACCAAUCAAAACAUGGGCAACCAGCAUGAUGUCGUUCUCCAGGAAGUAGAGUUUGAGACCCCUGACCUAACUGUUUUGCAUGAUUUUUCUGUCUUUUGAGAUCAGACUGCAACAGCACUAGGUUGCAGUAGUCGUCGUCUUUUACCACUAAACCCCAUUGAGAAUGCUAGGCAGCUAGCCCUUUUUUACGCUAAUGAUGCUAGUGUAGCGAAGAAGAGCGCAGUGCUGUUUGUCUCAGGCCCAGUGAUCGGCAAAACAGAAUGGCAGCCGCAACGAGGCAAGAACGCCAUGGCUACGUUCUAAUUUCCAUACUUGCAUAUUACUUUGAAUUCAUACCUUGAUACAGUGCUUCAUACUAAGCAGUAUGCUUGUGUGGAUAUUGGAACAGAGCCAUGGCGUAGACGCAGUCCUUGUCAUGGUUUUCUUGUCCUUGUAUUAUAUUAUAGUGGUUCUUCUUAAUCGCUAUAGGUUUCCAAUGGAAGUGACUGUCCUCUUACGAAUCUCUUCCCCUCUGUCAUGUUUAUCCCUUGGCUGCCAUUAUGCUAUUUUGUUAUUGAUUGUCCAUAUAAAAUCUUUUAUAUAAAAUCUUUUGUGGUUUGUUACUUUCAUUUUGUUAUUUUGUUGUCCCGUGUUUUAAGAAUGUGUGUUUGAGUCGCUGGUGCUUUUAUUUUGUGUUAUUGAGGAAUCAAGAUAAGAAAUUAACAUUUUAGUUGAUAGCUUCUGACAAAGUAUUGCCAAAGUACCAGUAGAAGUAGCUGUUUUUCAAUUGGUUAUACUUCAGUUUGAUCCAAACACCCAUGUUCAUAUAAUUCCAAGAGGGUUCAUAUGUGAUUGACCAAGUAUUGAGUAUUCUACUCUGCAGGAUCAUGCAUUCUAUUGACACAUUGCAUGAGUGAUCAGCUCUCGAAUGAACAGUCGAAUUACACAAGACAUUGACAUUCACUGUAAAAAAAAAAAAAAAUGGAUUGAUUUAUUUUGUACAUAAAUAUAUAUUUCUGUAUAUAUAGAGUGCUUUCAAGGAGAGAGGGUGCAGGUAGAAAGAAAAAAAAAGGCAGGUGGGGGGAGACCAAACUAUCUUUGAGAUAUAAACAACGGUCAAUCGAACCCUCUUUAAAAAAUCUAGUCCAGCUUCUCUCUCAAGAAAUGCACCAUUGAAACUGUAGUAUUAGUUUCUAGAAGUAAGCAUCACUGCCAUUUAUUUAUUUACCUACCAGACUGCAUAAAGCAAAUGCACGUCACUAUAUAUGUAAUCUCCUUGAGUGUCAUUUGACUUCCGUUGUUAGGACAUUGCUUAGCUGGUCGUUUAUGUGAGAUUUCUACAGGAGGACAGUGGCAGGAGGAGGUUUGGUCAUAUGUGUCUUUUGUUUAAAGCUGGUGUGUGCAUAUUUUCCAAGUAUCACUGUGUGUGUGACUGCACCAAUUCUCUCAGGGUGAGUGCACCCUGGAAUGCCCGGCUCUUAAACAAUGAGCUGAUAUCAAAGUGGAAGUGCCUUGUACAAGAUGGCGUAACAAAACAACAAGUCAGUUCAGAGGAGUGCUGGAAUCCCUGACAGCAGGGUCCAGAAAGGAGGAGGUGAGGGGGAGUGAAGGAAAGAGAAGUGGAGGGGGGUGGUCGAGGGAAGGAAAGGAGGGGUAGGGGGUCUAAACAAUUCCAUAUUUCGCCAGGUCGCUGAGUUCCAUGUCACCGAAGGCUUCCCAUGGGCAGACCACUGUGAUGUCUGUGCCGAGACCCUCCAUGCCGGGGAUGUCGUCACCGAAUCUGGUGGGAGAGGAGGGAGGGAGAAGUUCCAUGAGCAAAAGGGAUAGAGACACAGCAGACAGACAGUGUUGUAGUUGUGUGGUGGUAAUGUAAAGUUGAAUUCGAGAGAAAGAUGUAUUAAAGUGUGUGUUGGUACGGUCUAAAAGGAGUUGCAUUUGAUAUGUAAGGAUGGAUGCUUGUUAUAUGUUAGUAGGCUUAUGUGCAAUUAGAGUUUUUGUUGUUGUAGAGUAGUAGUAGUUAUUUGUGUGUUCUGAGUUUCCAACUCACCCCUUCUGGCCAGGCUUGGGGGCCUUG